UUAGUGAACAAGCUGAUAUCGAGACGCGUCAGUUCACAGAGGACCUCCGUUCCGUCGGAUGUGAGGAAACUUUUUUGUCCGUAAAUUUGUCAAGUUCUCGCAUCGAGACUUUGUAAUUUCGUGGUUUCCCGAAGGAAUGAUUUUGUAAUCAUGAAAAGUGUAAGACUGUGCGAGGUUGGCUAACAUCGAUAAAAGCGAGAACGAGCCGACGACGAAACUCGCGAUUACAAGUUCGACUUCUGGUCGAUGCGUUUUGAUGCGCGUUACAAGUUCGGACGAUGAUUGCUUAAGAUGCCGAGGAACUCUGAUCAAUUAUUGCGAACUACCGACUAUUGACUCGGACCGAUGUGUAACGACUCUAACUGACCGUAACGACUGACUUUCCGUCACGAUGACGCUGCAGAGGAAAACUAUGAUGCGGUCUAAGGAUGCGAGAUCAUCGGAUCCGUCGAGGAAAGCUUUGGUUCGGAAGUCUCGACGAGGAUGGCGAGCACGAAUAAUUGCCGUUUGUGAGCGUCGGCGCCGAGAGAGAGGAUCGCGGAAGGCCACGUUCGUGUUGGUACGAGAGAAGAGCAGCGAUGACGGUGAAGCUUCGAACGAGAUCCGCCCAGCCGGCUUCAAGUGUUCAGCUUCGUCCCUCGGGAUCGACCAGCCUGUAAAAAAGUUGGAUGAUCGUUGUUCGACAAAGAGGAUCAAAAAGAAAGGGAGGGUCGUGGUACUGCCUUUUCGUAGCGGAGUAGAAAACGCGAAGAGAUAUUUUGGUAAAUAGCAUCUAAGGUAAUUGGUGGAACGGUAUCACGGCGCGAGACUCGACUAGUCGCUAUCGGCGAUAAAACCACGUUAAAUGAUCGCAUUUGGCGCACAAUUUCCGCUUUUCUCGCGCGUGCCGUGUACCGUGUUCGUCGUUUGCUCGAGAAAAUCCGAGUAAGAAGCUGGAGAAUCGCGAACGUUCUCCGGUCGAAUUUAACCACGAUUAAGCGACUCGUGGUGAAAGUGAAGUGUCUCGGUCUUGGUGACAUGGCCUUCAUGAUGAAGAAGAAGAAGUACAAAUUCUCGGUGGAGGUGAACCUGGAGGAGCUGACCGCGGUGCCAUUCGUGAACGCAGUGCUGUUCGCUAAGCUCAGACUUCUCGACGGUGGAUCUUUCGUCGAUCAUUCGACUAGGGAGGAAGUACAGGAGCAUACCGUCAGAUGGGACGCUAAAUUCGAGUUUCUAUGCAAGAUGAGUGCCAAUGCGUCCACCGGUGUUCUCGAUCCCUGUAUUUUAAGGAUAUCCGUGAGAAAGGAAUUGAAGGGAGGCAGGUCCUUCCAGAAGCUUGGCUUCACCGACCUGAACCUCGCCGAAUUCGCAGGAGCUGGACUCUGCAGAACAAGGUAUCUUCUGGAAGGCUACGACUCGAGACACAGACAGGACAAUUCCAUGUUACGCGUUGCCAUCAAGAUGAACAUGCUGUCGGGAGAUAUUCUGUUUAAAGUGCCGUCUCCGUCGUUGAAGCAAACGCAGCUCGCAGUACCUGGCGUACCAGGUGUUUCCGGUGUGACGACGGACGAAACUGCAUCCGAGAGGUGUACCAAUCGAGAAGAUUACGUAUCCACUGGUUCGUUAGCUGGAAGUAUAGCUAGUGCUAGCAGCGGUUUUGGUAGUCUUCCCAAAAAGAGGCCUGCCCUCUUUUCCUCGGAGCUUCUCAGUGGAGCGGAGUCCUACGAUCCAAUGACGCUAAGCGAGAUCGUACCGUCGGUUCUUCCAGUGGAGACUCUAACCGAAGCGCACACAGAGUCGGGCCAUUCUCGCAAUAGCAGCAACACCAGCCAGCUGAGCAAAGGCUCGGGCUAUGGAUCUUUAAAUUCACACAGUCAACACAGUAGGCAGAGCAGUAGUGGUGGUGACAGUGGCCACAUUAGGUCACCCUCCUGGCCGGUAUGGGCUCCACGUAUCCCCAAUGUCUCCCAAAAGACCUCGAGCCAGCAGCCUGCCAGACCCGAGACCUCUCUCGACUCCGAAUCCCCAUCCUCGUCUUCCUCGACGCUGCUGGACCCACGAAAUAGGUUCUGGUCUAUGUCCAGCCCUCUUUCGUCGCGCGAGGGGAAAUCGAUCGCGCGGAAUCCUCUAAGAUCGAGUAUAGCAGCCGUUCCUCUAUCGAACGACCAAAGCGAAACGAAUCGAUCGAAGAACGGCGUCGUUUCGAGCGACAACAGUCGCGUUAACGAGAACGCCGGUAACGACGCUGGCGUGUUCAAAGUGCCCGGACCACAGGACGUUCCGCGACACUUGCGAAAAAACGUCGAGAGGAAUAGCUUCGAUGCGCGAAACGAACGUAACGCGACGAAUUCGGCGGCGAACGAUCGGAACGAACAAUGGAACAGCGUGAUCGUGCCGACCGCAAAACCGAGAAUCGGUCAGCCAGGUUGGAGAAGUAUCUCGAAAACCUGCGACUGCAUCGAGAAAGGCAAGAUCAGCCCGGUUUUGCGGCUAGUUGACCAGGCCAGAGCCGUAUCCUCUCCCGAUCCCCUUCAUAGGCCCGAUAACCCCAGAGCCUCGCUACGUUCCGCGACGACCGCUCAGACCCUCAGGGGUAUUGGCGGAAGUCACCGGAAGUUGCUGGACGGGGCGGGGGGCAAGCUGGCUACGGUCGCCACCAGCCCAGCGGACUCCGAAGAGUCCUCCUUAGGGGUACCGGAAGUCGCUCCACCGAGCUCCCAGCACCGAAACAGCAUAACCCCACCAAAUCCCUCCGGUGGUUCCGGUCUCAGCGAAACGGGAUCUUUGGAUCGAGCAAAGGCGGCGUUGGAGCGUAGGAAAAAGGCGGAAGACGGCGCGGGAAAUCCCAUCCUGUGCAGGGUCGAAGUGACCAGGCCAAACCCGGAUUCCCUGAUCGACGAACUGAUCAAAGCAACGAACUUGGAGCAGACGGAUCUGGAGAGCUCCGAGACAACUGGACUGCAGCUAUUCAUAGCGAAAGACGGGACGACCGCGCUCGGUAGCCACGAGAUCAAAAGUCAGAUGCCCGCGGGUGUGUUCAAGCAGGUGGUGAUGGAAGAGAAUAAUAGGUAACACGAAGCUAUGGCGGCGAGAAGACAGUACGCGAGACAGGCCAGCGCUACAUUUUCGCUGGCCCUGGUGCCAGAGCUCGUCUACGAGGCCUACGAGCCGCGGUAGUUGCGAGGACAACGAAGCUGGACGAGGGAAUCGUCGAGAGGACGGUGAAAACGACGCGGCGACGAUGGACUAACGCCGGUGCACCUCGAUCUCCUAUCUAAAUUAUACGUUUCGGUUGCCUAUCCGCCCUAUCGGCGUUCGACGCUUUACGCUUCUCGUACGUCGUGCCGGUAACCCGAUCGAUCGUCCUUUGCGCUCAAACGUUGCUAGAUCUUUCCUUUUGUAUAUCGAAGCCAAAUUUCCUCGACUGAUUUCGCGAUCCGCGGUAAUUAGACGCGACGAAACGCUUCGAGUCGUAUGGGACGCUUCGUCGGUGAAAACCGGCACGGGUGCACACAACUCGACCACGCGACGCGUAUUCUCUUCCGCCAAGUCGAAGCACAAUUACAAAAUGAUUCCUCUUUUUCCAUUCUUUUUUCUUUUUUUUAUUUCUCAAUUCUCUUCUCGUCGACCGUGCUUCGAGAGGAAAUCGGAAAGCGUUGUUUACGUAAUUAAAUGAAAAAAAAAGAGAAAAAAGAAUAGUUUUGACAGAGAUCAGAGAUAGCGUAUAUUAGAAAGCGCGCAUCGAUGUGCGAGAAGAAUGAAAGAGAGAGAGAGACAGACAGACGGACGGACAAACAAAGAGGAAAAUAUGACGAAGCGCGAUCGGCGCUCAAUGUGUAACGUUAACCGUUCGAUGUCGAGUAGCGUUGAACAAUGCGCGUGCGUUAACGCUUCUUUUUUCUACCUGUGUUCACGGUUCCUUUGUCGUUCGCGUAGACGACCGUGCGAUAUAUUGUAAAAUGGACCGAAACACGCGCGUUCGUUUCGAUCCUCGAGAGGACUCGAUGUCGGGCAACGUUUCAAAAAUAAAGUAAGAGAAAACGCGAGUCUCGCGAGCGUAGACCCGCUGCACGCGCGCUAACGUACAAAACAUAUUUUCGAACGAUUCAUUUCGGCUAUACUUUUCCUUUUCGUCGAGUUUUUCUAUCGUUUAAGGUACAAGCGUUUAGUAUGUACAUAUAUUCGUAUAUAUAUAUAUAUAUAUAUACACGCACAUAUGUAUAUCUAUAUGUGUGUGUGUGCGUGCGCGCGCGCGCGUGUGUAUAUAUAUAUAGAUAUACAUAGAGAUAUACAAAUAUAUAGCGUUCUGUCGUUCAGUUGGUUCGCUCGAACCGAACGGAUUCCGCGUCGGACGUCUCCGUCGGUAUUUCGAUGAUGUAUUUAUUUUUAUUCAUGGAUUUAACUCCACUUUGUAGUAUGUAUUUCCGUCUAGUAUAUUCUCGCGAACUGAAUUUUGUCGCGACGGGUCUGUACUUUGAAGCCUUUACGCCGGCUCCUUUCUUUUUCUUCUUGUUUCUUUUUUUGCUCUCAUUCGCGCGACCGUUUGCGUAUGCGUGCUUGUAUGUUGCGUGUAUGAGAAAGAGAGAGAGAGAGAGAGAGAGAGAGAGAGAGAGAGCGAGAGAAAAGAGCGUCGUUUCCUCCUCCCUGUCGCGAGAGGAGAUUCCAUUGUACGGAGACACUUGGAAUCGGUGAAGCGAGAUUCAUCAAGUGCCACAUUAUUUAAUUUUCGAGGCUGGACAGUUUUCCGUGAUAUUACUCUAUAAUUGUCGUAUUCUCGUCCUCGUACCUUUUCCGCUAUCCCGUUAAGCCAGAGAUACGAAGCGAAAACAGGGGAAAGAAACGCGUGGAACAGAAGGAAGGAAGGAAGAAAGAAAGACGAAGAAGAAAGCUGGAGUUUGAUGUUUUGGUUGUCUGGUGCGAUCGGUGACCGCGUUAGCGAUUCGUUGUAUAUAGAGCGGUAGUAAUUGUUACGUAGGUAAAUGGCUGGUGUUGUAUACGUUCGUCCUCUCCCUCAAUUACUCGAAUUACCUGUAACUGCUAGCGUACCGGGCGCGGACGGCGUCGGCGAAAGUUCGUCGGGCGCCGUCUACGAAGAAAAAUGGCAAGAAGCGAGAAGACGAUAACGUUUUGUGUACAUAAGCGUGCCUGAAUACGUCGAGUGUGAACGAGACUCGUAGAGAGACAGAGAGAAAGACAGCGAACAAUUGCAGUAUGCAAGGAGGAACGAGGAAACCGUUGGAAAGAAAUCUAGAGAAAGAAGAAAAAGGAGGAGGAAGAGAAGAAGAAGAAGAAGAAGAACGGAAACGUUGCUCCUUGUUUGCUACAUGCGGCGCCUUGCGAUCGGCCGCUCCGUUUCGCCAGUAGACUAACGAACUAAGUAAAGAAACGAAGCAGAAAAAGUAACGAUUAAGACAAGCGCGAAGGUAGCAAUCGUGCGCGAAAAAAUCAAAAGCUUUCGCUCUAAGAAGAAAGUCUAGCCUCUUUGUUUCUCGUCUCUAUUUUACACAAGCUUCCAGAGCGAGAUCGCUCUUGGCCGAUUUUAACUAUUCCAUCGUUCUCGUGCUGCGAUUUUAUUUUAGCUCGACCCGCGUUUCAUAGUUUGGAUAUCUUCGACGUUCUCGAUAAAACGAACCAACAGUAUUCGCGCCUACGCUUGUUUUUCGCUAACGCGCGUAUCGCUACGAUCACUGUCCACGAUUCCCUACUUUUUCUACUUUGUCAUGGAUAUUACGGGCUCGCGUGUAAGUCGUCAAGUCGAAAUUGUAAGCUUGGAAAGUGAAUUGCUCGAUACAGUUUGAUCCGAUCGAACGCUGCAACAGCGAUAUUUUACGGACGUUACAGAGCGACGCGAUAACGUAUUACUCAACGACGCACUGGAUAAUUGUACGCGUCAGAAUUGCGUCGCACUUCCUGCUAUUUCCUACGAUAACGCAAAUCGUUCAUCGAACGCCAUAAAAAAUUGCCUGACCAACGCAAAUAAGUGCGACUAAUCGACGUCGAACGAAGCUGGUAAUCGAGAGCCCGUAACUCCGUCGUCCCCGCCCCCCCCCCCCGCGACUUUUCCUCCUCUACGAUCAUUCCGUUUCUACUUGUUUUCCAUUACGCUCUUUGCCGCGGUAUUCUUCUCCGAUGCUCGUCCGAUUUUCCUACGAUUACCGCGUCACGUUGUUCCCGAGUCUCGCUCCGAGCUAGCCAAUUUCGUUCUUCGCGGCAGAGAGAAACGGGCGCGAGUCGCCGAUCCACGCGCGUCGUACGCUAUUUUUUCAACGUACGUCGAUGCGGAGACAAAUUUUUAAUUUAAAAAGACGCACGCUGUUCGGCGACCGGUCACGUCGCUCUGUUCUACCCACGCAAAUCUCUCCACGGUUCUGCCUGUUUGCCGCGUUACUCUUCUUUCGUGUCGUGGAUCUUCUUUUAAUUUAUUCCAGUCAGCCGAGCCUGGACACGCGAAGCGAAACGAGCGUGGUAUCGUUCACCUCGAAGUCCAUGGUCCAACCAUCGAGCGGUUCGUUCGCUGUCUCGUGUCCCAAUCGCGAAAUACGCGUCGAAGACCUAGGUGUGUCGAGGUCUAAAUCUGGCUGAGAACGUCGCGGGGGUACGUGAUUUCAUCGGCCGAUUUCGCGCCGUUACGUUCUCCCCUGCGAAGAAAAGAAGUCCUUCGGAUUCCAGGAACCAGUUUUCGUAGGAACGCGCGUUUCUAACGCGUUUUGUUAGCCCGGUCUGGUCUUUUUGUAACGCGACAGGCACCACGCCGUCCUUUAUGCUUCCGAAGGCGCGAAAUCGACGGGCGUUCGUUUUCUGCCCGGUGGAAAUUCUCGAGAAUCUUCGCAGGGUUCGAGGUAAAAGGCGCGCGUCUCUCUCGCGCGUAUAUCGGACGACGCGAUCGACGACGAUGGUCGCUACACGCGGUAAAAAAUUGUUGAUGCGUUCCUUUAUUUCUUUCUUUCUUUUUUCAUUCCCUUAUUACCUUGGACCGUUCGGCCUUCUUAUCUAAAACGUCGUUUUUCUCCUUUUUCCAUGCAGGAGUCGCGCGAGAAACACCCGGCAGAUAUUAACGUUGUGAUAUUUUGUAAUAUUGUAACGAUUUUACUCGCGUUCAGUCGCCUCUGUAUUACGAAUUAUGUUACACCAACGAGUACCACACUUUUCACGUUAGAAGCUGACUUUUAGAACUCCGGCGGCCUGUAACGUCCGUUUCUAUAUAUUUUUUUUUUUUUCUUUUUCGUUUCUUAUUUAUGAUUGUUGACGUUUUGUCUGAUUCUUACUUUGUGAGAUGGAUGCGAAACUAUCAUGUGCUGAUAAUAAUACAUUGAAAAUCAGAAGGUA